AGAAGGAUGGGUUGCUGGCUUCACAACUCACUUGGGGAGAAGAGGGCACUAGAGCCUUAGCAGGCACAGCUGGGGCUCCAAGGAGAUGAAGCAGUUCCCCAGCCUCCCAUCUCAGACCUCCACAGUCUGAGCAAGUACCCGGAUGUCACAUAUUAAGUCAAAAGCUUAAGAACCACAUUGGUGUCAAAAAUGCCUGGGCUAAGUCCCUUGAACUAGUGCCUGGCCUAUAUUAAUCACUAAAUUAAGCAAAUCGUGGUUUCUGUCAUUCCUGGGCCAGAGCUUAAAACCUUUCUCCAAGGGUGUCCCCAUUCCCUAAUGUCCCAUUCCUCCAGGCUCUGACUUUGAAGGAUACUCCCAGCUGUUAGGCCCCCAUCCAUCCCAGGCAAGAAUAGAAACCAGCGCCUCCGGCCGCCCGCGGCCUCCCUCCCUCCCCCGGCAGCGAUCGAUGCGGCCUCAGCCGCGGGGGACGGGAACACAGGAAAGGAGGGGGCCGCCGGGCCUCCGCAGGAGUGAGGCGCAGCGGGGCCUCCGGGGCAGAAAACAGCCCCGGAGGCGCCUUUUGGAGACAGGCGCGCUGGACUCCCAGGAGGCCAGGACAGAGGAAGAUACUGAGGUUCAGAAGAGCCACCAUACACAUCUGGUUUCCUAAGCCCAAGCUUGACCAGGAAGAGGAGAGAUGUCCCACACUAGCGCCUAGCCGAUGCCAGGCCAUCCCGCCACCCCAUCGCUUCUAAAGCCCUUUAAGGGCAGCACACUUGAGCCAUGGUGAGCGAAUCCCCGGGGCCGGGCUCCAGGGUGCCCUGGAGGCCAAGAGAUGAGGCACUGCGUGUGAACGUGGGCGGAGUGCGGCGGCUGCUGAGCGCGCAUGCUCUAGCACGCUUCCCUGGCACACGGCUGGGUCGCCUACAGGCGGCGGCGUCCGAGGAGCAGGCGCGGCGCCUGUGCGAUGAUUAUGAUGCAGUGGCACGCGAGUUCUACUUCGAUCGGCACCCGGGCUUCUUCCUCGGCCUGCUGCACUUCUACCGCACCGGCCACCUGCACGUGCUGGACGAGCUGUGCGUCUUCGCCUUCGGCCAGGAGGCCGACUACUGGGGCCUGGGCGAGAAUGCACUGGCCACGUGCUGCCGCGCACGCUACCUGGAGCGGCGGGUGACAAGGCCUCGCGCCUGGGACGAGGACAGCGACGCGCCGAGCAGCGUGGACCCAUGCCCCGACGAGAUCUCCGAUGUGCAACGGGAGCUGGCGCGCUACGGUGCGGCCCGCUGCGGUCGCCUGCGCCGCCGCCUCUGGCUCACUAUGGAGAACCCGGGCUACUCGCUGCCCAGCAAGCUCUUCAGCUGUGUGUCCAUCGGCGUGGUGCUCGCCUCCAUCGCAGCCAUGUGCAUCCACAGCUUGCCGGAGUACCAAGCCCGGGAGGCAGCGGCAGCAGUGGCGGCAGUGGCCGCGGGUCGCAGUGCAGAGGACGUGCGCGAUGACCCGGUGUUGCGCCGCCUGGAGUACUUCUGCAUCGCCUGGUUCAGCUUCGAGGUGUCAUCGCGCCUGCUGCUGGCUCCUAGCACGCGCAACUUCUUCUGUCACCCGCUCAAUCUCAUCGACAUUGUGUCGGUGCUGCCCUUCUAUCUCACACUGCUGGCUGGCGCGGCGCUUGGUGACCGGCGUGGAGCCAGCGGAGAGGAGCUUGGAGAUCUGGGCAAGGUGGUGCAAGUGUUCCGCCUCAUGCGCAUCUUCCGUGUGCUCAAGCUGGCACGCCAUUCCACUGGGCUACGCUCGCUGGGCGCCACACUCAAGCACAGCUACCGUGAGGUGGGCAUCUUACUGCUGUACCUGGCUGUGGGUGUGUCAGUAUUCUCGGGUGUGGCCUACACAGCUGAAGAAGAAAACGUGGGCUUUGACACAAUCCCUGCCUGCUGGUGGUGGGGCACCGUGAGCAUGACCACAGUGGGCUAUGGGGAUGUGGUGCCGGAGACUGUGGCUGGCAAGCUGGCGGCCUCAGGCUGCAUCCUAGGUGGCAUCUUGGUGGUGGCACUCCCCAUCACCAUCAUCUUCAACAAGUUUUCCCACUUCUACCGGCGCCAGAAGGCACUGGAGGCCGCCGUGCGGAGCAGCGGGCAGCGGUCUUUUGAGGACUUGCUGAGCAGCGUGGACGGGGUAUCAGAGGUAUCUCUGGAAACAUCUCGAGAGACUUCUCAGGAGGGGCAGUCUACAGACCUGGAGACCCAGGCCCCCAGUGAGCCUGCAAAACCUCAGAGUUAUUAAAACCAGGGCUCUGCAUUCCCUCCCCACAGCCUCAGAGUCAGCUAACAGAGCAGAGCCCUCCCCUGCUUAAGUUCUGCAUGGGAGUCAUCCACCUGAGCAAUGAGAUCUAAGCCCAAGGCAGGAUAGUACACAACAACCUCCUUUGAAGUAGAUACGCACCAAGAGGAGGAAGAGGAUGGCCUCUAUAUGAGCCCCGUUAGCCCUGUGCUGGCAGAUAAUUAUCCCCAUUUCACAGGUGAGGGAACUGAAGCUCACCCAAAUGUCACAGAGCUGCUAUAAAGAAGUCAUCUUUUAACACUAAGUCUCAGGAAGGAGCUGGAGGCUGAGUCCUUACACAAUCUGUAGGGUCCAUAGCACAACCGUCUUCAGCACUACUUCCUAGGGCUGACUUACACAGAGACCUGAACAGACCCUUCUGGGACUUAGACCCAACUCUAUACCUGCUUGGGAAAGGUGGCCAACCCCUGUCCCCAGAACUAGAUCCUAGCCCAUCGGUCACAACUGGUGACCUAGAAGAUUAUGGAGGAGGAACCAACUUAUAACCAGCUCAGCUUUGAGCUCUUGGUGGCAGAGGGCUGCUGUGUGUGCUCCUGUCCUGCUUGGUCUUUGUCAACUUGACACAAGCUAAAGUUAUCCGGGAAGAGGAACCUCAACUGAGAAAACACCUCCAUCAGAUCACCUGUAGGCAAGCCUGUGGGACAUUAUCUUGAUUAAUGACUGAUAUGGGAGGGCCCAGCCUGCUGUGGGCAGUACCAUCCCUAGGCAGGUGGUCCUGGGGUGUAUAAGCAAACUGAACAAGCCAUGGGAGCAAGUCAGUAAGCUGUGUUCCUCCAUGGUCUCUGCUUCAACCCCUGCCUCCAUGUCCCUGCCUUGAAUCCCUGCCCUGGCGUUCCUCUAUGGACGAUGACCUGGGAUAUGUAAGUCAAAUAAACCUUUUCCUCGCCAA